AUGAGACGUCCUCCUGGGAAUGGAGAGGCGGCCAGUGAGGGUAGAGGCAGCUGGGGCCUAUGGGGCCGACAGGAGGCCAGGAGGCUGAACUGUGCCGGUCACGACCGCUGUGGGAAGGCUUUGCUGCAAAUUGGGAUCAACAUGAUGGCAUUGCCUGGAGGCCGGCAUCUGGACUCCAUCCCUCUGCCUGGUCAGCGGCUGCACCUGAUGCAGGCGGACUCGGUCCAGCGCUGGAUGGAGGACCUGAAGCUCAUGACGGAGUGUGAGUGCAUGUGCGUCCUGCAGGCAAAGCCCAUCAGCCUGGAGGAAGAUGCUCAGAGUGACCUCAUCCUGGCUGGCGGCCCUGGCCCCGGAGACCCCCUGCAGCUGCUUCUCAAGAGGGGCUGGGUCAUCAGCACCGAGCUGCGCAGGAUCGGGCAGAAGCUGGCCCAGGACCGCUGGGCGCGUGUGCACAGCAUGAGUGUGCGUCUGGCCUGUCAUGCCCGCUCCAUGGUCAGCGAGUACAGCACUCUCAGCAGGAGCUCCUCCCAGGAGAUGGGCCAGAUUGAGAAACUGUUAAUGGAGAAAUGCUCAGAGCUCUCGGCAAUCACAGAGAGGUGCCUCCAGGUUGAGAAUGAGCAUGUCCUGAAGUCAAUGAAGGCCUGUGUGAGUGAGACCUUGAGCACGCUGGGCCAGCACUUCGGCCAGCUGCUGGAGCUGGCGCUGACCCGGGAGGUGCAGGCGCUGGUGAGAAAAAUCAAUGCCUCAGACAACAUCUACACGACGGAAUCCACCACAGGAAACCUGUUCAGCUUGACCCAGGAGGGGGCUCCCUUGUGCCGCAUCAUAGCAAAGGAGGGUGGGGUUGUAGCCCUCUUCAAGGUCUGCCGCCAGGACAGCUUCCGGUGCUUAUACCCCCAGGCGCUGCGCACGCUGGCCUCCAUUUGCUGCGUGGAAGAGGGUGUCCACCAGCUGGAGAAGGUGGACGGCGUUCUGUGCUUGGCCGACAUCCUGACCGAUGACAGCCACUCAGAGGCUACGCGGGCUGAGGCUGCGGCUGUGGUCGCCCAGGUCACAUCCCCACACCUGCCCUUUACUCAGCACCUCAGCAGCUUUCUGGAAAGCAUGGAAGAAAUCGUGACAGCUCUUGUCAAACUGUGCCAAGAGGCCUCCUCUGGGGAAGUGUUCCUGCUGGCUUCUGCAGCCCUUGCCAACAUCACCUUUUUUGACACGAUGGCCUGCGAGAUGCUUCUGCAGCUGAAUGCCAUCCGCGUCCUCCUGGAGGCUUGCAGCGACAAGCAGCGAGUGGAUACGCCUUACACUCGGGAUCAGAUUGUGACCAUCUUGGCAAACAUGUCUGUCCUCGAGCAGUGUGCCUCUGACAUCAUUCAGGAGAAUGGGGUCCAGCUAAUCAUGGGCAUGCUGUCGGAGAAGCCAAGGUCUGGAACGCCUGCCGAGGUGGCGGCUUGCGAGCGAGUCCAGCAGAAGGCUGCGGUGACCCUGGCCCGUCUCAGCCGAGACCCAGAAGUGGCCCGGGAGGCUGUGCGGCUGAGCUGUAUGUCCCGCCUCAUCGAGCUCUGCAGGUCGCCCUCCGAGAGGAACAGCAGUGAUGCUGUGCUUGUGGCCUGUCUGGCUGCGCUGCGGAGACUGGCCGGGGUCUGCCCUGAAGGCCUGCAGGACUCUGACUUCCAGCAGCUGGUCCAGCCCCGGCUUGUGGACUCCUUCUUACUCUGUAGCAACAUGGAGGAGAGUUUUGUGUAGUGAGUGCGGGAGAGGAAAGGCAUUGGGCCCCAUUCUCGUGCCUUCUUUGAGUAUGUACCCAUGGACACACCUGAGUACACACCAGCUCCCUCACCUCCUUAUUUAUACUUAAUUUAUUUUUUACAGGAAAUGGACAGAGGGCUAAAUAGUCUAGCAACAGCAUCAGGCAGUCUGUGGGCCUGGGAGUCUUUUGUAUUUUUAUCUUUGACUUCUGUGACUUUUCAGUUACCGAUGUUGAAAGGCACAGUGCCUAACAUGACCUAUUAUCAUGGGCGAUUUCCCUUCAUCUUGCUUUUUCUACUCUCACUAUAUAAUCUUGCUUCAUUUUUUCCCCUUUUGGAACCAAAGUAUGUUUACUACCCAGUAGCCUCUGACUUUUUUUUUUUUUAAAC